GCGCGGGUUUCCGUUACCGCUGGCGCGCGCGCGUGGCAGGCGUGAGGGGAAGAGGGAGGAACGGAGGGGAGAGGGGAGGCGGCGGCACCACCGAGGCACGCGGGAUCGGUUUCCCGCUUCGUCUCCCGCCAUCAGCGAGAGGCAAAGGCAGCUGUCGCUUCCCUCCUUCCCCCGCCCGCGGCGCCGGGGGAGCGGCUCCGCCCGGGCCCGCCAGUGACGCGGGUGGGAGGGCUGAGCGCCGCGCCGGGCCUCGGGCCUUGUAGGCCGCUGUCGGCGUGACUCGGCCGGGCCGGGCCGGCCCCCCCGCGCGCUCAAGAUGUCGGCGCAGGCCCAGAUGCGCGCCAUGCUGGAUCAGCUCAUGGGCACGUCCCGGGACGGUGACACAACCCGUCAGCGAAUUAAAUUCAAUGAUGACAGAGUGUGCAAGAGCCACCUUCUCAACUGCUGCCCUCAUGAUGUGCUGUCUGGAACUAGAAUGGACCUUGGAGAAUGUCUGAAGGUGCACGACCUGGCAUUAAGGGCAGACUAUGAAAUAGCUUCCAAAGAUCAAGAUUUCUUCUUUGAGCUUGAUGCAAUGGACCACCUGCAGUCAUUUAUUGCAGACUGUGACAGGAGAACUGAAGUGGCUAAGAAAAGACUAGCAGAAACACAAGAAGAGAUCAGCGCUGAAGUUGCAGCUAAAGCUGAAAGAGUUCAUGAAUUGAAUGAAGAAAUUGGGAAACUGCUGGCCAGAGUAGAACAGCUUGGAGCUGAUGGCAAUGUGGAAGAAUCUCAAAAAGUAAUGGAUGAAGUGGAGAAGGCUCGGGUAAAGAAGAGAGAAGCAGAAGAAGUAUACAGGAAUUCUAUGCCUGCCUCCAGCUUUCAGCAGCAGAAGCUACGCGUUUGUGAAGUGUGUUCAGCUUAUCUUGGUCUUCAUGAUAAUGAUCGUCGACUUGCUGACCACUUUGGAGGAAAACUUCAUUUAGGAUUUAUUGAAAUAAGAGAGAAGCUUGAGGAACUGAGGAGGAUUGUGGCUGAUAAACAGGAGAAACGAAAUCAGGAACGCCUGAAACGUAGAGAGGAGAGGGAAAGAGAAGAAAGGGAGAAGCUGAGGAGGUCCAGAUCCCACAGCAAGCAUGCCAAAAGAUCUAGGUCCCGAGAUCGCCGCAGACAUCGCUCUCGCUCAGCCUCCCGGGAACGAAAGCGAAGAACUCGCUCCAAAUCCCGGGAGAAACGCCACCGCCACAGGUCUCGCUCUACCAGCCGCAGCCGGAGUCGCAGCCAUCAUAGGAGCAGGCAUAGUUCUAGGGAGAGAAGCCGAGAACGCAGCUCCAAAAAGAGAUCCUCAAAGGACAGAUCUUCCAGAGACAAAGAACGUUCAAGAGACCGUGAUAGAACAUCACGUGAUAAAGAUAGAAGCUCAAGAGAGAGGUCCCCACGCGAUUUCAAGGACAAGAAACGUUCCUAUGAAAGUGCUAAUGGCCGAUCGGAAGACCCGAGGAGCUCUGAGGAACGUGAAGCAGGGGAGAUAUAACUGGCUGUAUAUUCACCUGAUCUAGCUUCCUAUGGAGUUGCAUACUAUGGUUUAGUUUACAGUUGUUCAAAGGGACACCAGUGAGCAGUUCCAAACACUGAUCCAACUAGGGUAGAUGUACAGUAUAUAAAAGUGGUUAUAACCAAGUCAGAAUUAAACCCCAUCAAUUAAUGAUGCCUAAAGCUGGGUCCUGGACUUCCACCAAGUUGUAAAACUUUUCUGAAAGAUUUCUCUUUAUUCAGGACAACAGUUUUAUGUACCAAGAUGCAGAUCUCAAUGUUUUUAAUCUCCUUUCCAAUACAAGUUAGUGAACAAAUUACGUUGUACUACUUGCCUUGGGUGCUUUUGAACCUUUAUAAAUUCAUAGCUCCAGUCAAAACAGCAGCAUUGAAAAGUUGUAUUUUGGGGGAUUAUUUUUUUGUUUGUUUGUUUGCUUUUUUUGUAAGUGGGUGGGUGGAUGGAUAUUAACUUUUACUUUAAGGUUGUCUUCCCAGUGAUUUUGUUUUGUUUUUUGUUUGGGAGCCUAGGAGUUGAUUACAGUGGGAGCCUUUAGACAGGAAUGUGUGCUGGAGAAAGCGGAAAUGUCUUUUUACAGUGCCUAUUUAGAUUUGGAAAUUGAACAGCUGUUGCAUUACAUUUUUUUUUUAUUUCUACUUAAAUUUUGAAAUCAAAGCCAGUCCCAUAUCUGUACCAUUUGAUUGGUAUGUGUUCAAUAUAUUUGUUUUUUUCCAUAA